CGUGAUCGCGUGAUUUGUGGAAGAGUUACGAAACUCAUUUACAACCGCGAUAAUUAUCGAACACGGCGAUUUUGACGGUCGGGAAAUGGUAACGCUUUCGGUGGAUGAUCAUUUCCUAUCGGCUUACCUUUUUUAUGGUGCCAUACUAAUGCUUAAGACUUGGGUAAUGUCCUUUGUAACCGCGAGGCAUCGUAUUGCGAACAAGGUAAGUAAACCCGUCAGUUGUUAUCAUGUCAUUGUGUAGUGACAAAAACUUUCAAGCUAGCGGGAAUUGGAAACUGAAAGAAUACGAAUUUAGUUUAAGGUUUAAAACUUAGGUUGAUAAAGAUAUCAUGCUGUUCUGUAAACAUUUAAUGAUUGCUUGGAUUGGAUUGAGUCGCAAACAACAUGUGACGAAGCUCCGCAUUCCACAGUUGUCGAUCGAUAUUUCAGUUUCGGUGUUUACGAACUGUGACAUGUUGCGUGACAUAUUGUUACGUCGCUGAUUCCCCGUAUGUAACGGUGAUCAAAGAAAAUUAUGUGCUCUCCACUGGAACUGACAGGUGUGAAAUUUACAGAGAUGCAUGUAGAAGCGUUUAUUUUAAAAGGGAAUCUAUUUCGGUGAUUCUUAAAUAAAAAUUGUUGUCAGUAAAUAGGCCUAUGCCGAUUGUGCUUCGCAACUUUUGGCGUUUGGAGCAACUUUAUGCGGUUCCAGCAACUUCAAGCAAUUUUCACAUUACUAAGCUAUUUUUGAGCAAAAUAUAGGUUUGGAGCACAUAUCACGAGUGAAAAAGUCGAGUAUUUCAAGGAAAACCAACACAUAAUCUGUCAGAUAACAAUGUUUCACAGGCCUAUUGCGAUCUUUGCCUAAUAUUAUAGCGGAUAAUUGGCUAAAAUGACGUUUGGCAAGACGUUAAAUAAACCAUGUGUUUCGUUCCGUAUUUCACGUGCUUAUCAAGAAGUUGUUGAAGCCUACGUGUAACAACUUGCAUUCACGCAUCCGCAUAAGAGUCUUGACGUAAACUGUGACUUGAAACGAAAAAAACCCUGGAAUUUAUAACUUCUGUUGGCCUUUGUCCAGCUGAUUUACCGUACAUUUUGUGAAAAUAUUUUUUAAGGGAGGGGGAGAGGGAAGGAACCUCUCGCUGGUUUUUUCAUGUGUCGGGUAGGUUCAUUUCCAUAAAGCUUCUUCUUUCCAACGUGGAAAAGCACGUGGUAGGCUGUGUGGGGUAGGAGAUUGAGCUCCGCCCUCCCUAGUUGUGGACAUAAAAAUUUGCACAUUUGAAAAUACUUCAGGAAACCCUUUCCGGGUCUCGUUUCCUCGAAAAUUGUGUCAUUCAUGGCCUUCUUUUUUCCCCUUCUUUGUCGGAAUACAGGCGUUUCCAAGUCCAGAGGAUUAUAGGCGCAGACCCGUCCAAAUAAAUGCUGAUGUGGAAAGAGUGAGAAGGUAUCACUGUAAGUUUUUUUUUUAGUUAAUGACAUAGGAUAUAAAUUGGAAAAAUACAUCGACAGUUUCUAUUUUCAUUGCAGAGCUCAUCUUAAUGAUCUGGAGAACAUUCCAAUAUUCAUGAUCACAGCGUGGUUGUACAUGUUUUCUGGCAUGCCAGUCUCGUGGGGAAUUUGGUGCUUACGGGUCUUCACGGCCGCCAGGGUCUUUCACACCAUAGUUUAUUUGAACGCCUUCAGCUACCCAAGGGCUGUGAGUUUCGCGGUUGGUGCAUGUUGCACAGCGUUUAUGGCCAUUUGCGUGUUAUAUUCUGUAAUUUGAGCCGUUGAGAAUGACGUCUAAAAUAGUUGAAACUGCCAGAUUUGAAUAUUAAAUUCGGUGUAAAAAUCACAGCCUUCUUCGCAAACCCUUAUCAGUUAUUGGCGUUGUUUUCAACCUAUGUGCGUUAACGUAAGUAGGCAGAGACAGCAAUAACAAUAACGAUGACGACGUCAACAAAUAUCGCGUUCGACGAUGGCGAUGACGAAAUAGAUGACGAUUAACAACAGUGACGACGACGAUGACGAUGACGAUGACGAUGACGAUGACGAUAACGAUGAAGAUGAAGAUAAUGAUGACGAUGACGAUAACGAUGAUAAUGAUGACGAUGACGAUGACGAUGACGAUGGCGAUGACGACGACGACGAUGACGACGUUGACCUUGAUGUUUGAUUACAAAAUUCCUGACAUAGUAUCAUACGUUGGGAAGAAAUGUGCGGUCUUGCCUUUCUAAGCAUUAUAUAAACAAUUUUGUUCACUGAAUCAGCACAUCGAGGGAGAGAGUCUAGUGGUUCUGCUGCGCGUUUGAUUAGAUUCUGACUCGUGAUAAGUUGUUCCGUGAUAUUAAAGAUAAUUCGAUUUUUUGCAAGUUGUUUUGGUGGUCUUCGAUCUAGC